UAUUAUUAUUAUUUUAGUAAUCUUGAAUCAAUGCGAUUUAAAAUACUCAUCUUGUUAUUUUUCUAUUUCAUCAUAAUGGGGAUACUAGGCUUUGCUCCAAUACAUUUACAUGAACAAUUUGAUGAUAAAUUACUUCAUUUCUUUAUAUUCUUUAAUUUAGGUAUUUUACUUUAUUUCUUAUGGAAUCUCGCUUCUGUAAAACGUAAUUUAAUUCUUGCUACCAUCUUGCUCUCUGUAACGGCUAUUGGAAGUGAAUGUAUACAAGGUUUAUUACCUUAUCGCACUUUUGAUGUCAAUGAUAUGAUUGCGAAUAUGUUAGGAGGUGGUUUAGGCCUUGGAUUAUCUUCAUUGUUGGAUUAUGUCAUUGAAAAGAGAAAAGAAAAUAAAAGAAGAUUUGGAGGUAAACGAGAAGCAGAAUAUCAAAGGGCUUUAAUGGAAUUCACAGAUGAAGAAGAGGAACAAGAGAACCUGGAAGGCAGUUUUAUGUUGAAUAAUCGAACUUGACUUUUUUUUUUUUUUUCUCCCCCAAUAUACCAUUUAUUUAAAAAUAAUAGAUAGAUAAUUACAUAUUAAACUAGGCAUAAUUUAUUUUAUUUUAUUUUAUUUAAAACACAAUAUGAGCUGCAACAAUACGAUGUAAUUCCUCAUCAUCUAAUGAUUCAUGUUGUUGUUGUUG